AUGAUACACACGGAUAAUGAUAUAGUUACAAAAACUCAAAGGAAUUGCAAGUGGCGAAAGGGAGACACGUGGCGAUCUGCACCAAACCAACUGGACGAUUGGACUGUACCGCAGACGAGUAGAAUAAGAAGCUACAGCACGCAGAGAUCUGAACGGCUACGUUUAGGUGUAUAG